UUGGAUGGUGAAAUGAUUGUGAAAAGCAGUAGUUUUAAGUACCUAGGAUCGGUAUUACAGAGUAAUGGAGAAAUAGAUGGAGAUGCAUGCAGUAGAAUUAGGGCUGGAUGGAUGAAGUGGAAAGAAGCGAGUGGUGUGUUGUGUGACAGAAAAAUUCCAAUGAAGCUGAAGGGAAAAUUCUAUAAAACAGCCAUAAGACCGGCUAUGAUGUACGGAACUGAAUGUUGGGCAGUGAAAAAGAAAGAGGAACAACGAAUGCAUGUGGCGGAAAUGAGAAUGCUUAGAUGGAUGAGUGGAGUGACAAAAAAGGAUAAAAUUAGAAAUGAGUAUAUUAGGGGAAGUCUAGGUGUGGCACCAAUUGAUGCCAAAAUGAGAGAGCAUAGGUUAAGAUGGUUUGGUCAUGUUCAACGUCGAGACGUUAAUCACCCAAUACGAAGAAUAGCUGAAGUGCAGAUUCCUGGAAGGAGUAGGAGAGGAAGACCAAAGAAAACCUGGGGGGAAACGAUAAGGCAGGACAUGUUGGUAAAGGGAAUUAACAUUGAUAUGACCCAAGAUAGAAUUGUGUGGAGAAAUGCAAUUAGGGAAGCCGACCCCGCAUAGGGAUAAGGCAAAGAGAAUGAU